AAUCACCCAGUCUAUCACCCAGUCUAUUGCCAAGCUCGCGCAACAGUUUUAUUCAUAAAAAUAUAAGCCAAAACCUUUUGCGCACGCCGGCUCGACUUUUCCGUCGCGAUUUUGCAUCGGUGCGGCCAAUUAUCGAGUGCCAGGGAUGCUGCCUGCCUUGAGACGCGGCGCCCGCGGCGCCAGGCGUCGAAGGACUGCCGUUCUACCGCCACCGACGCGACGACGGCUCGCGACGCCCUCCUUCCAGCUCGGAAGGCUGAACCACGUCGCGCUGGCGGUGCCGGACCUCGCGGCGGCGACGGCGACGUGGGCCGCGCUGGGCGCGACGGUCUCGCCGCCCCAAGCGAUGCCGGCCCACGGCGUCACCGCCUGUUUCGUCGGCGAGCAGCUCGAGCUCCUGGAGCCCCUCGGCGCGGAAUCACCGAUCGCGGCGUUCCUCGAGCGGCACCCGGCCGGCGGCCUGCACCACGUCUGCCACGAGGUUUCUGACGUCGCCGCGGCGGCGCGAGACCUCGAGCGUCGGGGCUUUAGAAUACUCGCGCCGCCGGCGCUGGGCGCGCACGGCGUGCCCGUCGUCUUCCUGCACCCGAAGGCGACGCACGGGACGCUUCUGGAGCUGCAGGAGGCGUCGGGGGAUUAAGAAGUGUGC